CUCUCUCUCUCUCUCUCUCUCUCUUCACUGUACCGCACUGUGUGCUGUAGUUCUGCAGCCACGUCGCAGACAGAGACAGCAUCGCCCUCACAAGCCUCCUUCUCUUCAACUACUACAGCCGCCCAACUGCACCGAUAACGAGUUUAUCUCCUCGUACAGUUCGUCAGACAUUGUGUUCACACAUUUUUAUUUAAAAAAAGAGUUACUCGUUACAGAUAAGUUGAGAGUAGAGAGAGUACAGUCUCGGCUGUGGUCAUGGAACCAGAGGAUGUUCAUUUCAGGUCAGCAGAACAUUUGAUAGGUGAGGAAGAGAAUGAGAAAGCAGCGCUCGAGAGGAAGGAGGAUGGAGAGGAGCCCCGCAAAGCAGGGAGAGCACCGCUGUCCCGCAUCCCUACCUUUCAAAGCUCCCUGGGCCGCAAGCGAGUCACCGUCCAGAGUGCAGAGUCAUCGCCGAAGACGGAUGGAUCUAUCCAGCAGGGCCAAAAAGAGGGAGCUGGCUCUACAGAGGCUGGAAGAGUGAAAAUGUCAGGAUCUGGAGGGAGAGAAACAGGCCUGCCCGUCCCAUCGGCUCGUUUACACACAAGCCUCGCUGAUGUCCUCCCUCAAGGGGAAAUCUCGGGUCACACCUCCUCUCUUUUAGCUCCGAAAAUAAAUCAACCUCUUGAUCAAACGCCUGAGAUUACAGAAGACUCUGAUCAGCUUGAUAUGUCACUAAAACGACCCCCACUCAGGAAUGUCUAUGAGACCUCUGAUCUUGUCAUAGAACCCGCAAGCGGAGAAACCAUCUCAGAAGAUGAGCAGAUGUCGGCGCAGGAUGCCGUCGUAGAGGAUCUGAGCUCACGCUCCUCUGUUGAUCAGGAUGUGGCAUCUGAUCAAGCUUGGGAAGAAGAUCCUUUGAGAGAGGACUUUGGAAAAGGAGGUGUAUCCCGAUCACAUUGGACAGAAGAAAAUAGCGUCACAGGGAAUGAUGUGAAAUGUGUGGAAUGUGUUCCAGAUAAGGAUGAUGGAUCCAUACUUAGUGGUCAAGAUGAAACAGCUAAGAUCCAGAAACCUUCAGAUAGUAAAAAAUGCUUUAAAGAAACACAACAGGGAAGCCAAACUGCCGAUACUUCUCACACAAAACACACCAAGACCAAACCGUGUACACCCUCCAAGCAGACGAAAGGAAGGAGCUUUUCCCUUUUCUGUCUCCUGCCCACCAUUCUCCUCCUUUUGGGUGGAUUUGCAUCGCACGUCUGGCAGUAUGGAGUCCCUAAAUCUGUGUCACACCUGAUGUCACAACUGGAGCUGCACUGGUUGGAAAGUUUCUGGAUGCCUCAAGAGACAUGCAUCUCUGACUGUAGGCUUACUCUUGUUGAGAGUGUCCCUGAGGGCCUCAGCUUCCCUUCCGGCUCGCCACACCUGCCGAGCAUUUCAGACACUUGGACUAAACUGCUAAAGAAAGCCAACCGCUCUGUCCACAUUGGUGCUUUCUAUUUCACACUCCGAGAUUCAGACCUUGGCCUUACGGAGCCCUCGUCUGUGCUGGGCAAAAAAGUGUUCAACCAACUGAAGCAGCUGGAGCCAAAUGGAGUGAAGUUGAAGAUUGCUGUCAACGCCCCUCAGCCAUACAUUGCAGACACAGAUGAACUGGUAGCAACAGGGGCUGAGGUCAGGGGAGUUGACCUGCAGAGCAUCACUGGAGGCAUUUUGCACACCAAACUAUGGGUUGUGGAUAAGAAACACAUGUAUUUAGGGAGCGCAAACAUGGAUUGGCGUUCCCUUACCCAGGUGAAAGAGGUUGGAGUGUCUGUGGAAGACUGCAGCUGUCUAGCACAGGACGCCUCACGGAUAUUUGACGUGUACUGGGACGUUGGAGCUCAGAAGAAUGGAUCUCUACCUCCUUUCUGGCCGGGCCGUUUCUCCGCCCUCUCCAGUUCUAAGUACCCAUUAGCUGUUAAAUUCAACGGUGUCCCUGCACGUGUCUAUUUGUCUAGUUCCCCUCCUUCUUUAUCAUCAUAUGGCCGUUCUGAUGAUCUCUCAAGCAUCCUGUCAGUAAUUGCUGAUGCUGAGCGGUUCAUCUAUGUGUCUGUGAUGGACUACCUUCCCAUGUCCCAGUUCACGGAGCCCAUUCGGUAAUCUUUAGCAUUUGA